AUGUCAUUUAGCGGGCACACUUCUUCAGAUGAUGAGGAUUUUAAAAAAGUAACCGAGGCCAAUUUCCAGAAAAUCCGCAGUAAAUCCACUAAGAUUGGCUACCUGGAUGGGGUAUCGGACGGGCAUGAACAAAGUUUUCAAACAGCUUUUGACCAGGGGUAUGCUGAUGGCCUGCGAGCAGGCUUUGAGCUCGAAAAGUACCGUGCAUUUUUCGAUAACUUAAAUACUUUAAAUAAUCAAAAUGAAGAGUUAAAUAAAGAAAAAUUGUUAUAUUUAAACAUUGGGACAGACAGCAGUCAGUACCGGUUUUCUGAACAAAACAAAGAACCCCUAAGUACAAUUAGCAAUCAUCAAAACUGUUAUGUGGAUACAUGUUUGGGGCAGUGCGAGCAAACACUGCCACUAACAACUAAUUUAUUAGCGUCGCAAAAUGUAGAGUAGAAAUUAUUUUACGAUUUCUUAUAAUAAAAAUAAGCGAUUUU